CGCGAACGAACUUGCGCGCGCCCGGCGUCGAGGCGGUUGGUAACUGGGAGUUGGUGAAGCGCGGUUCGAGGCAAUUAUUUCCAGUCAGACAAGGAAGCCAUUGCCUGGCAUUCUUAACAGCUUUCUACCUGCCAUGAUCAAGUGCCUGUCAGUUGAAGUACAAGCCAGAUUGCGUUCUGGUUUGGCUGUAUGCUCCUUAGGCCAGUGUGUUGAGGAGCUUGCCCUCAACAGUAUUGAUGCUGAAGCAAAAUGUGUGGCUGUCAGGGUGAAUAUGGAAACUUUCCAAGUUCAAGUGAUUGACAAUGGAUUUGGGAUGGGGAGUGAUGAUAUAGACAAGGUGGGAAAUCGUUAUUUCACUAGUAAAUGCAACUCUGUACAGGACUUGGAGAAUCCCAGGUUUUAUGGUUUCCGAGGGGAGGCCUUGGCAAGUAUAGCUGACAUGGCCAGUGCUGUGGAAAUUUCAUCCAAGAAAAACAAGACAAUGAAAACUUUUGUGAAACUGUUUCAGAAUGGAAAAGCCCUGAAAGCCUGUGAAGCUGACUUGACUAGACCCAGUGCCGGGACAACAGUAACAGUAUAUAACCUAUUUUAUCAGUUACCUGUAAGGAGGAAAUGCAUGGAUCCUAGACUGGAGUUUGAGAAGGUUAGGCAGAGGAUAGAAGCUCUUUCACUCAUGCACCCUUCCAUUUCUUUCUCUUUGAGGAAUGAUGUUUCUGGUUCCAUGGUUCUUCAGCUUCCUAAAACCAAAGACAUAUGUUCCCGAUUUUGUCAAAUUUAUGGACUGGGCAAGUCCCAAAAAUUAAGAGAAAUAAAAUUUAAAUACAAGGAGUUUGAGCUUAGUGGCUAUGUCAGCUCUGAAGCACAUUACAAUAAGAAUAUGCAGUUUUUGUUUGUGAACAAAAGACUUGUUUUAAAGACAAAGUUGCAUAAAUUCAUUGGCUUUUUAUUGAGGAAAGAAAGCGUUAUCUGCAAGCCAAAGAACGGUGCUGCCACUAGACAAAUGAAUUCAAGCCCUCGGCAUCGGUCUAACCCAGAACUCCAUGGGAUAUAUGUGAUCAACUUGCAGUGCCAGUUCUGUGAAUAUGAUGUGUGCAUGGAGCCAGCAAAAACGCUAAUUGAAUUUCAGAACUGGGAUACUGUUCUGGUUUGCAUUCAGGAAGGAAUGAAAAUGUUUUUAAAGAAAGAAAAAUUAUUUGUGGAAUUAUCAGGUGACGACAUUAAGGAAUUUAGUGAAGAUAAUGAUUUUAGGUUAUUUAGUGCUAGUCUUCAGAAGCAUGUGUCCUCUGAUGAGAAGGGUGACCAGGCCAGUUUCCAAGAAGCCUGUAAUAGUAUUUUGGAUUCCUAUGAAAUGUUUAAUUUUCAGUCAAAAGCUGUGAAAAGAAAAGCUACCGUAGAAAACAGAAGAAACACACAGAAUUCUAGAGAUUCAGAAGCUAUCAGAAAAAUACCAAAUGAUUCCUUUUUGUACAUUUAUGAACCAAAUGGCCCAGGCCAUGGUAAAGUGACAGAGCCAUCUUUACAAAACAAAGAUAGCUGUUGCUCAGAAUCAAGGGUCUUAGAACAACAGAUGGCCGAAGCAUCAGAAUCAGGAGAAAAUGAGAAACACAAGAAACUUUGCUUAGAAUUUAACUCUUCAGAAAAUCCAUGUGGAACUAGUUCAGAAAUGUUUGUCAGCCCUUUUCAGACAUCAUACUGUGUUGAGAAGAAUAGAGAAGAUCUAGAAAUACAGAAAGCAAGUACUAUUAAUGGCAUGGCACUCAGUAACCUAAAAAAUAGUGGAGUUCAGAAUCAAUUAGAGAGAUUUAAAGAUGCUACCAAAACAGCAUCCCAACCUCUGCCUUUUGAGACAACAUUAUCGAGAGUACAUGGCGCCCAGAGAGAGGAAGAGAAAAAAAAGCAACCUAGUAAUUGUGGAAGAAUAAACAUUUUUAGUUAUGGACAAGUUAAAUUAUGUUCCACUGGCUUUAUAACUCAUGUGGUACAAAAUGAGCAAACUAAAUCAACUGAAAGAGAGCAUUUACUUAAAAACUGUAUUCAACCUGGUCCUGUGAGUGCCAGAGAAAUAUUUGUAAAUAGAGCAUGCCAUUCAGUUGAGACUCCAAACAUUGAAGAUGUAACCAGCACUUUAAGUAAAGACUUUGCUCAACUGUCUAACAAAAAAUUGUGUGAAACAAAUACAAGUUAUGGGCUAGAGAACAAACCCAUAGCAACUUGUAAAAAUGUUUCUACUUCUAAGGAAGGAACUUGUAAAAAUGUUGCUAUAUCUCAGGAAUGUACUAAAGAAUCACACAUAGAUUGCUUAUUACCGGUCACAUCCUCUUCUUCCCUUUGGUGUGGACAUGUUUCAAAUGAUGGUAAGAAAAUAGAUAAAUUGAUUGGUUUCUCCAAACCUACAGCCCGUAAGAAGCUAAGCUUAAGGUCACACCUCGGAUCUUUAGAGAAGUUCAAGAGGCAAUAUGGGAAGGAUAAAAAUCCUCUGAAUACAGAGGCAGAAGAAAAUAAUAAUUUUGAAAUCUCCACCAGUCUCAGUCCUCAAGUUGAACCUGACAUUCCAUGGAAAGACAAGAGUCACUUAGACAACUCAGGCAUUUGUAAAAUCACUACUAUGAAACAUAAUGAUUCAAAUAAUAGUUGUCAGCCAGGAAGUCACAUCUUUUACUCAAAGAAGUUUCCAUUCUCCAGUGAAGAAGAUUGUUCUGAACAACAGAUGCUUUGCGUAAGAGAAAGUCCCAGAACUCUAAAAGAGUUAACUGAUUUUAACCAAAAACCUUUGGAUGCCAAGCAGUCUCCUAAGUCUUUAGCCUCUAAAUUAUCCAGAAUGAAAGGUUCCGAAAGAGAGACUCAAGCAAUGGAAAUGAUGAGUCAUUUUAAUGAACUUCCACAAUCAGAUUCUAGUAGGAAAGACCAUGAUUUGUGCAGUGGGUUAAACCUAGAUUCUUGCAAGUUAUUUAAAAAUGAGUAUAAAAAAACAGAGAGUGGCAUCAUUCCAGAGUUGGACUCUGUCACACAGGAUAAUUCCUUCAAUAAAGAUAGUAAAGCCUACUCUAACAACAAUACAACAGGGAACUCUGUGAUACCCGAAACUCCUUUGGUAUUAUCCUGUGAUCAUGCUACAGCUGUCAGUAAAGAGUCAGAUGUUCUUCUAGCUUCAGAACCACAGAUAGGAAGUCCUGACUCUCCCAGUAAAAUGUUAAUGAGUCACAUAGAAGAUUCCACAGCUGACAAAAAAGGAACUUGUUUUCAGAGUGAAGAAUCUAUAGCAAGAACUUGUUCUGAAAAUGAAGAGUCAAACGCGUGUUCUUUGGAUUGGCAGCAGCAUUUUGAUGUAGCCCUUGGAAAAAUGGUUUACAUCAACAAAAUAACUGGACUUAGUACAUUCAUCGCCCCUACUGAGGAUGUUCAGGCUGCUUGUACUAAAGACCUGACAACCAUAGCUGUGGAUGUCAUAUUUGAGAAUGGUGCUGUGGAUGAUGCUGUUGGUAGAGAAUCACUUCAGUCUUUGUUCUCAGAGUGGGAAAAUCCAGUAUUUGCCCGUUAUCCAGAGGUUGCUGUUGAUGUAAGCAGUGGCCAGGCCAAAAGCCUGGCAGUUAAAAUUCACAAUGUCUUAUAUCCUUAUCGUUUCACCAAAGAAAUGAUUCAUUCAAUGCAGGUUCUACAGCAAGUGGAUAACAAGUUUAUUGCCUGUUUAAUGAGCACCAAGACUGAAGAGAAUGGUGAGGCAGGUGGAAACCUGCUAGUGUUAGUGGAUCAACAUGCCGCCCAUGAGCGUGUCCGUUUAGAGCAGCUGAUUAGUGAUUCCUAUGAGAAGCAACAGCCACAAGGCUCUGGUCGGAAAAAAUUACUAUCCUCCAUCGUAAGCCCUCCACUAGAGGUAACAGUGACAGAGGAGCAAAGCAGACUCUUACGGUGCUACCAUAAAAAUCUGGAAGAUCUGGGCCUUGAAAUUAUAUUUCCAGACACGAACGAUUCUCUGGUCCUUGUAGGAAAAGUACCACUCUGUUUUGUACAAAGAGAAGCCAAUGAGCUUCGAAGAGGAAGAUCUCCUGUGACCAAGAGUAUCGUGGAGGAAUUUAUUCGAGAACAGGUGGAGAAUAUGUUUAUGCAUCAGCUACUCCAGACCACCGGAGGCAUCCAAGGGACUUUGCCGCUGACUGUCCAGAAGGUGCUGGCAUCCCAAGCUUGCCACGGGGCCAUUAAGUUUAAUGAUGGCCUGAGCCGGGAGGAGAGCUAUCGCCUUAUCGAAGCCCUGUCUCGGUGCCAGCUGCCAUUCCAGUGUGCUCACGGGAGACCGUCUAUGCUGCCGCUGGCUGACAUAGACCACUUGGAGCAGGAAAAACAGAUUAAACCCAAUCUUGCUAAACUUCGCAAAAUGGCCCAGGCCUGGCAUCUCUUUGGAAAAGCGGAAAGAUGUGAAACAAUGCGUGGCCUGCGGGCAUCCAUGCCUCCUUGUGAGCCACCAUGAGAACAGAAUGAUUGAUCCGUCAGGAACCAGAGGGACGCUAACUGCCUCUGAGCAGAGAGCAUGGGCAGCAGGUACCAGCAGAGUCCGAGUCCCCUGGGGCCCCAAGCAACAUGAUCAGUAGGUCGUGAGCAGAUGGUCCCUCCAAGCUAAAGAGAGUUCAUGCAUCUGCAGCCACGGACACAGGAGGUUGCCUUUUAACAUCUACUUUUUAUAACUUAUUUAGAGAUAAAAAAUUUAAUGACUAAUUGGUUCAU